AUGGCCUCCCAUCACCCCGGCUCCUCGGGCGUCCCCAGGGCCCAGCGGGUGACCCUGGGCAGGCACGCCAUGAGCUGCUUACGUGGGCUGGGAGCAUCCUGGCCGAGCUCCAGGGCCGGUUUUGAAACCCUCGGGCUCUUCCUCUCCGACGUCACCGGGAUCCAGCUGUGCCGGCUGGAGCCUCCCUCCUCCGCUGUCUGUGCCGCUGGGUGUGUCCUGGACGCGCCCCGGAGGUGCCACCAGCGUCCUUGCAUGCCUCCGGGGCGCAUCCCGGGUGUGACAGCGUCCUGCACGCCCGCGGGGCUCUCUCAGCGAGGCUUGCCGUUUGCAGGACACUCAGGGCAGGACACCCAGGGCGCCGGGGCCCUGGUGGCCGGAGCCGCGGCGUCCCCGAGGACCGUCGUGCGUCACCGGCGGCCGGUGACGGGGAGCGGUGCUGUGUGUCCCCCCACAGGUGACUCUUGGGGGAUCUUCACCUUCCUGUGCGCCGCGCUUUGCAACCUGCCGGCGCUGCCGGCGCUGAACUGCUCCGAGGAGCUGGGCGCCGGCCAGUCCAUCCAGCAGACCUACGACCUGACCCGCUACCUGGAGCACCAGCUCCGCACCCUCGCCGGCACCUACCUGAACUACCUGGGGCCCCCCUUCAAUGAGCCCGACUUCAACCCGCCGCGGCUGGCGCGUGCCGAGCGGGUGCCCAGCGCCACGGUGGACCUGGACCUGUGGCGGGGCCUGACGGACAACGCCCGCCUGGCCGCCAACUACCGGGCCUACAGCCGCCUGCUCUGCUACCUGCGCGUGCUGGACGGGCAGGUGGGCACGGCCGAGCUGCGCCACCGCCUCGCCCACUUCUGCGCCAGCCUCCAGGGGCUGGUGCUCAGCAUCGGCGGCGUCAUGUCCUCGCUGGGGUACCCGCUGCCCGCCGGCCCCGCCGGGCCCCCCGCGCCGCCCGGCGCGCCAGCGGCCCCCAAUGACUUCCUGAAGAAGAUGGAUGAUUUCUGGCUGCUGAAGGAGCUGCAGACCUGGCUCUGGCGCUCGGCCAAGGACUUCAACCGCCUCAAGAAGAAGGUGCCGCCCGCCGUGGUCACCCUGCGGCUGGAGGCGAGGGGGUUCUGAGCGCCUGCUGGGCUCCCCAGUCCACGG